GGUACCCGGGUACCCAUGCAGAAAUUUUGAGGUAAAACUGUCGUAAACUUGAAAAUAAAUUUAUGUAUUGGAUGAAUAUUGAUUUAUUAAUAUUUCAUAGAGAUAUUUCGAGCAAAGUACAAUAAUAAAUUCGUAUACAGUAACCUUUAUAAUCCUCUGCAGGUAUAAGAUUUAGGCAGCCGCACAAUCUGACCCUUGUUUCGACAAGGCCAGGUGUGUUAAAUUGAAAAGAUUUUGUGUAUAAAAUAAUGGAGGAACUGUCAAGAGCACAAUUUCUAAGAUUGAGUGAAGCUGAAAAAAGAGAAUACUUGAAAGUAUUAUUAGGUGAUGAAGAAAAUGAAAGUUUAGUAUCAUCUGACAGUGAAGACGACGAAUGGCUUCCUGCAGAUAAUCUUGAUCUUGAGGUAUCUGAUAAUGAGCAAGAGAGUGAUUACGAGGCUGAGUUUCAGGAAGAUGUCGGUAGUGAUGAGGAGUCUGUAAAUGAAGAAGCUGCAGAAGAAGAAAAUGAACGUGAAAGCGAAUCUGAAGAAGAAAAUGAAGACGAGGCUGCUGCAACAUCGCAAAGAAGUAAUAAUACAUCUUUUAUUGCUAAAGACAACACAAUUUGGCUCAAAAAUGCACCGAACCUUCAUCAAACACCUUCAAGAAAUAUUAUUCGACAAAGAGCUGGACCACACAGAAUCACAGAGAUGUUAUCGAUUUCUGAUACUUUCAAAAAAAUUAUGACUAUGGAAAUUGAAGAGAGAGCUUCAAAUCAACAAAUUGUACGAAACCCAGCUACAAAAUUGGCAGUUGAAAGCUACAUUGACCGUCCUACAGUUGCAGCGGAAGUCGUUGCUGACAAUCAGCCACGUGAUACGACUGGUAGAAAAGUAGUAGUUGGAGCAUGCCAUAUUUGUAACAAACAACCAAUUAGGAAACGGCGAAAGACAAAAAAGAGCUGCGUUUCAUGCCAAAAGCCAGUUUGCGAUGAGCACAUAGCAAAAAUUACGAAAUGUUUGGAAUGUAAUGAAUAA